CAUGGGUAAAUCCCAAAGCUGUAAAUUCGGCAAGUGAGUCAUAGCAAAUAAACAAAUGGAUCAGCCAGUUUAAAAAAUGAUUAAAGUCCAAAGACGUCUGGUCGACGUUUCAUAGCAGUCACGUAUUGCAUCAGGUAACAGAGGGAAAGAAAGAGGCAGCACAAUGACAAAAUUAAUGCAGUGGUUGUUUGUGCUCAGCCUUUUGGCAGGUGUAUGGACGGCAGUCGUCACGGAAAGUGUCCCCGUCAACAUGUCACAGGCCUGGAAAAAUGUCGUUUGGAUGGCACCAAUUUAUGCUGUGAUAUGUUUUGGAUGUUGGGCUCUGGCUACAGUAGGCUACAGAGUGGUCACAUUCAAUGACUGUGAAGAGGCUGCUGAGGAACUCAAACAACAAAUUGAAGAAGCCAAGAAAGAUCUGACAAGCAAAGGAUUCAAAUUUUCCUGACCGGUGGCAGAACUACAAUUUCUCUAAUGCUUUUACUGUGACAGGACAAAUAUGUAUAUUUAUUAAUUCUUCUGUAUUAACUACAGUGGUCAUAUUGACCCAUAAAGUGGACUGCUGUUUAGGGGAGUUAAGUAAUUUAGGAAAAGUAAAAUAGAAGUGUUGAAGUUUCCUAGCUUUGUCAUUGACAAUUACCAGCUGACGAUCUCUCUGGCCACUAAUUACACACUCAGCAGUUACUCAAAUUUGUUUUAAGACCACCUCAGUCAAGUGAGUGGUCAUGUUCAUCCAUUGAACAUUGAAUUUCUUAAAGCGGCCAGACUCUGUUACUUAACAUGAUGAAGCAGCCUUUAAGGCAUGUAUGUUUGACAAUGUAUGGCACUUAAUAUGAGGCAAGUACAGGCUAUGACAAAAACUAUUGAAAAUGUUUGUAUAGUCGAAGAAAUCCCCCAGAUGGUUUCUAAAUCAGCAGACAUCUUCUGCAGUGCAGAUUUAGGUCUACUGAAACCAACUGGAAUAUUUUAUGUUGAGAUGAACAUUAAGCCUUGGUUCUCAUUACCUAGAUGGAUAUUUGUCCCUACCAAAUUUAAUCCAAAUAAUUUAAUUCUUUGAACACAAGUGGUGCCAAUACAUUGGGAGAGUUGCAUCAAUCCAGCAGCUUCAGACAAAUCAUUUUCAAACAGAAGCAUCUAGUCUAUAUUACACUAUAGAUUGGGUUGGGGGAAGAGGUGCAAUGAAAAUGGAUAUCCAUUGUUGAAGAUCAUGCAUAUAUAAUAAAUUUGCAGUACUGAGUACAAGUCUUCUUCCUAGUGGUUAGUCACGUGUUAAGGAAUUGUUGGGGUUUUUUUUUCAGAAUAUUUGUAAAUUAAGUGGGACCAAAUGAUAUUUCUUUUACAGUAAGAGUAUGUU